GACUCGGUAGUGGAGUGGCACUGGUAUACAGCAGUGCCGCCAGCUCCUACACUGCACCCCGGCUUCUCUCCUGCUCCUCCGCUACCCCUCCAUUUUCCACAACGGCCUUCCAGCAGGCCAUGCCUCUCGGCUCCUGCCCCACUGGUGCUGACAGUGUGUUGGUGGGCAUGUGGCAUGACCUGCCAGAGACGCCGAGGCAGGAAGAGCAGCUGAGGCGAGCCAAGGUGGCAGCAGAGGCGACAAGCGACGCCAAGAGCAUCGUUUUGAGGAAUAUGAGGCACGAGAUUUGCACCCCGAUGCAUGCUCCUAACAGUCCAAGAUGGAGAGGCGAGGCGAGGCAAGAACAGUCCAAGAUCGACAGCCAGCGCCCUUCUGCCCUGCCACGCGCAUCAAGGACGUUUGGCUCUGCUCUCUCUCUCAAGCGGUCCAUGUAUUACCAACCAGAAACGUACAGACAUGCACAGGAGGAUAAGGCACCUGGAACAUGCAUCAAAGAAGGACCUUCGGACCGAGCCAUCCGGGGCUGCUGGGUUGCUGGGCUGCUGGGAUGCUGGGAGGCCAAUUCAAAUGGGAUGCUUUGGCAAAUUAUUCCGCAUCGUGUGUCCAACGUGAUCGAGUUCACUCACACGGUGGUGACCCACCAGCUGCUGCACUGCACCCCGCAUGUACUCCUCCUGCUCCUCCACUACUCCUCAAUCCUCCAAACCGGCCCUCCAGCACGCCAGGGCUUUCAGGUGCGUCUCACCUGCGCUCUUCCCGAAGUUUCGGCCGGAUGGGGAGAGGUGGGGGGAGAAAUGGGUGUGGGUGGGGUAGGAGGUGGCGGAGAGGGGCGAGGUGGUGGUGGCAUGGACUUGCAGGAAGCGAACCGGGCAGCUCUGUACCAGCCCUCUGUACCAGCCCUCUCUUAUGUGCGCUGGCAGUUUGUUUCUGGCCCGCCUGCCUCCAUUUUAUGCGCUAUCCCUUAUGUAAAGCUCUUCUGUUAUUUCCUAAUUAGGACAGACCUUGCCAUCAUCGACAGCCAGUCGCUGCCUCUGGAGGGCGUGAAUACUCUCUUCCCCCUUCCCUCUGGAGGGCGUGAAUACUCUCUUCCCCCUUCCCUCUGGAGGGCGUGA